GCGGUGGGCUAACAAAAUUCAGAUACGUAAUAAGCUACUUCCUCCUAUAUCUUUACACUAAUAGCCAAGAAGAAUCUGGUCCUUCUUGAAUACUCACCGUUUUCUUCACUCAGCUCAUGGAUAUUCUCAAUAUGAUUAUGCACACAAUUCUUGCAAAAUGUGCAUGGUGGCUUGAAAACAGCAACAAAAGAGACAUGCUUGUUCAAGCAGCUCUUACUGUCUCAAUUGCGACAAUAUUCCUUUUCUGGUGUAUGGUGGCGUUCAUCAAGUCCAGGAGGGGAAAGGUCUUAUUACCACCAGGGCCUCGCGGCUUGCCAGUUGUUGGGUACUUGCCAUUUCUCGGCACCAACUUGCACACUGAGUUUGCGGAGUUGGCUCAUCAUUAUGGUCCAAUCUUCAAGCUGCAGCUUGGAAACAAACUAUGCGUUGUACUUAGCUCACCACCUCUCAUCAGGGAGAUAACGCGAGACCAAGACAUUGUUUUUGCUAAUCGUGACCCUCCACUUGCUGGAGUGGCAGCAACUUAUGGCGGACUUGACAUUGUUUGGUCCCCCUACGGCUCCUACUGGCGUAAUAUGAGAAAGAUGUUCGUGCGAGAGAUGCUGAGUGGACGCAACCUUGAUGCUUGUUACGAUCUUAGAAAAUCUGAAGUAAGGAAGGCAGUCGAAUACGUUAGCACAAAGGUUGGAACAGUGGUAGACAUUGGUGAAUUGAUUUUCCUAACAGAGAUAAAGGUUAUUAUGAGCAUGCUUUGGGGAGGUACACUUGAUGCGGAAAAACAAAGCAAAGUUGGAGCCGAGUUCAAGGGUGUGGUUGAACAAAUUGUGGGAACGUUUUCAAAACCAAAUAUAUCUGAUUUCUUCCCUAUCCUUGCCAGGUUUGACAUACAGGGCAUAGAGAAACAAGUGAAGGUUCUUCUAAAAAAAGUUGAUGAAAUUGUGGAUGCUGUCAUAGAUGAGAGGAUCAAGAUGGUCCCUAACAACGUGCAGGAUCCAAUCAGGAAUGAGGCGGAAAAAGACUUCAUCCAGAUCCUACUCGAGCUGGUGAAUGAGGGAGAAAAGAUCACUUUGACACAAGUAAAAGCCAUUGUGAUGGAUAUUAUGGUUGGCGGUACAGACACUACAGCCACCAUGGCCGAGUGGGUGAUGACGGAGGUUUUGCACAACAGAGAGAUAAUGGAAAAGGUCCAGAAAGAAUUGGAAGAUGUUAUAGGGAUCAACAACACUGUUGAAGAGAUACAUCUCCCCAAGCUACGGUAUUUGGAUGCGGUAGUAAAGAAAACUUUUCGCUUACACCCUGCAUUACCUCUCCUCGUCCCAAAGCGUCCAAGCCAAUCUUGCACGGUUGGGGGUUUCACCAUACCGAAGGAUACUAGGGUCUUUGUAAACGCCUGGCAAAUACAUAGGGAUCCUGAGCUCUGGGAUAAUCCAUUAGAGUUCAAGCCAGAAAGGAUUCUGGCUACACCUAGCAAAUGGGAUUACAGUGGCAACAAUUUUCAGUAUAUUCCAUUUGGAUCAGGGAGAAGGAUAUGUGCAGGCAUUCCUUUAGCAGAGAAAAUGCUGAUGUACAUCGUGGCUUCACUCUUGCACUCAUAUGAUUGGAAAUCAACCAAAAGCAAAGAGGCAGACCUUUCAGAGAAAUUCGGGAUUGUCAUGAGGAAAAGCACACCAUUAUUAGCGAUUCCUACCAAGAAACUGGAUAAAUCUGGUGUGCCUGCAUGACAGAGCAGAUCAGCCACCUCAACAUAAUUGCUGUUGGAUAUGAUGUUAAAUAAAUUCUCCUUUUUACUGCAUUGAAGCUUUUAUUAUCUCGUUAUAACAUUGCUGAAUGAUAUAUAUUCCAUUUUUCUA